UUUUAAAUAAUCGUGUUCUUAUAAAAAAAUUUAUAAGAUAUAAAGUUACAAAACUGCUUGAUAGUAUUAAAAUUUGAAUAAACGACGUAUCAUACAAGCUGCUCAAAAAAUAAUAACGAUUUUCUAAGAUGAUUGAAACUUCAGCAUGGGGGUCAAAAAAUGAUAGUAGCAUUCAAAAAGCCAUUGGAGCUGUGCAUCUAAAAAAAUAUGGAAAAUUUUUUGAUUUCUUGGCUGAUAAAUCGUGUCCAGAUAACUCAUUGGUAGAACAUGUGAUCGAAGGACCAAUCAGGCUGAUUUAUCAAAUUAAUGAAGAUGUUAAUGUAUUAUCUUUAUGUGAAAUGGAAAAUGCGUACUAUUCUAAAUUAUUAGCAUCAAUAUGUGGCAUAUACAAAGAGGUAGGAUUAUUACGAGAAGAAGCCAAUAGAUUUUAUAUUAAUAUAAUAAAUUAUGGGGAGCCAUUUUUAAACAAUGCAGUCUGCAGAAUUGAAGAUCUGCUUGAAGAUUUACAGAAUUUAUCAGCUUAUUGUAACCGAAUUUUUACCGUCAUUCAUUUGGUUGUUGAACAGCUUGCAAAUCUUGCAAAUAAUACUUACCGAGAGGUAUAUAUACCAUUAUUGAUGGAGAAUUUGAUGGAUUUAUUUAUUAUUCUAGUUAAUUUAGAUGAAUUAUUUAAUCAAUCGUUGAUACUUGCAAAAUGGAGGGCUUACAGAGUUAAAGUUCAAACUGCAAUUCAUAAUUUACACAAAUCAGACAUUCGGCUGAAAAAAAUUUUCUCUUAUGGAAAGUUAUUAAAAGAUUUGCAAACCCAGUUGCUUUCCAACAAUUUAUUUAUUAAUGCAAUCAAUCAUAUAUUAGAUGUAGCAAAAACCAACACAAUGAAUGAUCAUUUAAUGUGUUUUCUUAAAAAUACUCUAACAGAUAUUGAAAACAAAAUUUUUGAUGAGACACUUGUUAAGAAAAGCUGCAUAGUUGUUAAUAUUGGAUUAAUUGUUGUAUCAAAAUUAUUUGGAUCAUGCGAUAAAAAGUAUUUAAAACGGUUACUAGAGAUAAACAAAAAAGUAUAUGCCAUAAAUUUAAUCGGAGAUAUUGUGUGGCUGCCUACUAGUUUUCUCGCAUGCCACUUACCAACAGAAAAUAUCACAUCGAUUCCAAUGCUUGUGGGAAACAAGGUACUUGCCACAAAACUGCAGCGUUUACCUCUUCUCGUCUGCAAUUUAAGUCAAAGGGCUAUCAAAUGGAGUAUUGAUAUUCAGAAAUUGCAAAUUGAAAUGGGUUUAGAAAUAUUUCCAGAGUUGGAGAGAAAGAAAGAAUUAUUGCUGGAAAUUUUGGCAUUAAGUCGGCAAGCGAGCGAAAGCUGCAUUUUUAUAACAAAUUUACAUGGACAUUUGCAAAAGCCAAUGAGUAGAAAUACGGCUCUAUUGAUCUGCCGUCUGUUCGAAGUUCAAAAGGGACUGGAAAAAUUUUUUUUCGCGUACGCUCAAACCAUAGUCUUGGCUCAGAGUCAAGUGUUGCAACAGCUGACAUAUCAGAUGCUGGUGAUUUUGGAAUCGGUACGAAAGUCACUGACGAAGAACGAGCGCAUCUACAAGCGCGAGCGCCUCGACGCGAUCGCACUGCUCGGCGCCAGUAUCCGGCUGGUCAAGGGCUGCGCCAGUUACGAGCGACGUCUACUGCUGAGAUCGGCCCUCAUAUGCGUUAGCCAACUGGGCGACGCUCUCCGCGAGACCGAGCUCCAGCAGCUGCGCAACCAGUUGGAGGCCUACGACGCGAUCGCCGAUCUCGAGGCCAAAGUGUUUCGCGGGGCCGAUUACGCCCUGCUGCUGCGCCAGCACAGCCUACUUCCGGCCUACCUGGAGCAGGUGGCGAGCAACGGCAGCGCCGGCCUCGGCCACGUGUCGCAGGUCUUGACGGCGCUCGAGGUCAGCGAGGCCGGCAGCAGCAGCAGCCAACUGAGUCGCGGCGGCGAGUUGCGCGAGCUCCAGCUGGAGCGCGGCCUCUUCGAGCCCUGCUGCCGCGAGCUGGAGACGAGCCUGCGCCUGCUGGCCCUGUCGCAUCUGCGCUCGCCCGCCAAGACCAAGUCCGUCGACUCGGACCGGCUGGUGCAGGCCGGGCCCCUGGCGCUGGGCAGGGGGGCGCUCGUCUGUCCGCGGCGGCGCGCCGAGCUCCACCUCGACACGACCUUCUACGCCCUGACGCUGCUGGCCCCCAGGGACUGGCACGUCUAUCGCGACAUGCAGCAGUUCGCGCGGCAGCGCCUGGGACUGGGGGCGUCGCGGGGCCUGCUACCCCCGCGGACCACCGAUCCGGGGCCCGACGCGCUCCAGCUGGUUCGCAGCCCCCAGCAGUUCGCCACGCGCUUCGCCUACGACCUGCGGGGCCAGGUGUUCGUCGAGCGGGCCAGCGGCGAGCGUCGCCAGCUGGAGGCCCUGGGCCUGAGCCAGGCGGCCGACGGCGUGCGAGCCCACGGCCGCGGCAUCAUGGCCACGGGCGUCAACUGCGCCUACCGAUUUUUGCGCCUGCGUCUGCACGCCCUGUCGCAGCUGCUGUUCGACGAGCAGGUGGCGUCGAGGCUGCGCCGCGAGCUCCGAGCCCUGCGAUCCCAGCAGCAGUCGAGCACGACGACGGCCGCCGGCGGCGCCAAGCAGCUCGGCUACGCCUACGAGCGCGCGGAGAGGCUUCGACGGCGCCCGGGACCGAGCGGCGACGGCAGCGCCGAGUGCUGGCUGGCCCGGCUGCGCCAAUUGCUCUCGGAGAUCGGCAACGUUCUCGGCCUGGUGCGCUUGCUGCGCUCGGCUGGCCUCCUCACUUGUGCGCGAUCGCUCUUGUUCCUGCCGGAAGCCGAGCAGACCGCUGCGCUGGGGCCCGACUGCACCGAUCGCUCCGACUCCGUGACCGCUGCCUCGGAAUGCCUCCGGAUCGACCUGGAGCAGCUGGCGCGAGAUCUCGACGAGGAUCGAAAGUACUUCAAACUGCUCAUCGACGCGUUCGCCCCGGCCUUCCGUGACCCGGCGCGCGCGCAGCACUUGCAACUCUUCCAUCUGGCCGUGCCACCGCUGACGCUGAGCUACGUCGACUCAACCCUGGCGAACAAGGAAAAACUUUUCAAACGAGGCGGCGAGGGAGCUGCCUUCAGCGACGAUGGCUUUGCCGUUGGUGUGGCCUUUCUCUUGGCUCUGCUCGACCAAAAUGCCGUCUUCGACAAAUUGCUCUGGUUUCAAACGUUGGAGCAGCAUCUGAAUUACGAGCGCUCGCAAGCGGAUGCACGCAUCGAGCUCGAAGACGAAAAGCUUCAGCAAACUCACGCCCUCACUCUUAAACGCCUCGAAGAGAAAAGUAUCGAGUUCAAACUUCUUCGCUACAGUCUCUUCGGCGCCAAAAUAUUUUUUCAAUAUCCCAGUUCGUGAAAAUCUUAAAAAAUUAGUUUUCCGACACCAGCAUCUAGUUCUCGGACACGAGUGCUUUUGAUGACUCUUUCAAUCUUAUGAUUCGUAAUUUUGUUUAAUCUAUAUACUCCAAUUUUCAAUCGUGUAAACAAUUUUCCAUUCCAAAUUAAUUAAUACAAACUAAUAGUUAUUCAAAGAUAUAAUUUUAGGCUUUUGAAGUUUUUUAAGUGUCCGGAAACUAAAAUGAUUUAGUUUUUGUUUAGUUAUCAAAUCCCGAUGCCCGUAGUGUGAUAAUUGAAAAAUUUGAUUUUCUAGUAAUUUCGCAAUUCGGUAAUCAAAUUAAACAUUCCAGAUGACAAAAAUUAAGUUCAUCAUAUUUUUUACACAAUAUUUGUGUACGUUGAUAAUAUCAAUAUCAAUGAUACUUCUGGUCAAUUAGCUAGCAUAGAUAAGAUCCAUUCCCGUAUGAGAGCGUGGAAUAAAUUACAUCGAAAUUAAAUAAAUAGUAAAAAAUGUAUGAUA